AUGGCGGACGCCGGCUUUUUCAAAGGAACUUCAGCGGACCAGGACCGUAGGUUCUCAGACAAGGAGCUCAAACUCCUCAAGUCUAUGAAAUUUCCCCCCGACUUCGAGAAGAAGGUUGAUAUGCGAAAAGUGAACCUCACCGUCAUACGACCGUGGGUCGUCAAAAAGAUCAUUGAGCUAGUAGGUUUUGAAGACGAAGUUGUCGUCGAAUAUGCAAUGGGACUGUUGGAAGAUGACUCUCAGCCGACGCCGGAUCCAAGGAAAAUGCAGAUAAAUCUGACAGGCUUCUUGACAAAUCAUACACCGGCGUUUAUGACUGCCUUAUGGAAGCUCCUGCUCGAAGCACAAGACUCUCCAGCCGGUGUUCCUAGAACUUUUGUUGAGGAGAAAAAGGAAGAAAUGCGGCAAGCCAAGAAAGGCGACGUCCGCGCAAUUGAGGAGAGGGAUCGACGAGCACGGCUCGAUGAAAUUCGUGAUCAGGAGAGGAAUGCUAGAUCAAAUGGCAGGGGACGGGGUCGCGGCAGAGGUCGUGGCAGGGGUGGGUUUGAUGAGGACCGUGGGGGCCGCGGUCGAGAUAAUGGGUGGGGUGGUAGAGGCGGACGUCCGCGUCGACGUACGCCUUCUCGGUCACCACCCCCUCGUUCGCCUCCUCCCCAUCGUCGCCGGCGCUCGGGCUCGCGCACACCACCUUAUGGCGCACGUAGCUCACGCUCAAGAACGCCUGGGUCUAGUCCUCCUGCACGCCGCUUCCGGUCGCCGCCUCCCGUGGGACGUGGGCGAUCGCCUUCCCGUACGCCUCCCCCUCCUGCACGCGAACGUGACCAUGGCCGCGACAUCCCCCCUCACAGGCGACGCUCUCCCCCUCGCCGCUCCAUCUCCCGAUCACCUCCUCCAUCCCGCCGCCGUCCUCGCUCUCCGUCACUCUCGCCUCCGCCGCGUGAUCGCGACCGCGAUCGCCGUGUAAGAGGCUCUCGCAGUCCGCCUCCGAGGAGACGUCGAAUGUCCCCUCCCCGUUCUCCCCCACGCAAUGCGGAUAGGCCUCCACCAUAUCGUAGUGGAUAUGGAAGGCGUAGAAGCCCGAGUAGAAGUCGCAGUCGGUCCGUGACUCCUCCUAGGCGGAGACGCAGUGUGAGUAGACCUAAGGAGAAAUCUCCUCCGCGGCGAAGGAGGGACUAUUCUAGGGAUCGGAGUGUUGACAAGGACAAAUAUCGUGGUAAGGGGAAUCAAAGACGUGAAAGCCCGAGUGGAAGCAGAAAAUCGAGCCGCAGCAGCGUCAGGAGCCGGACUUCAGAUGACCAUGACAAAAGGCAGCACGAUGCAGCAACUACGGACAGGAUGGCCGUCGACCGAGAGCCGCAAAGCGCAUCAUCGAAAACCAAAGGGAAUGCUGGCGGCUCAGAACUCAAAAUCAAAGGCCAGGCUGAGAUGGAGAAACAGAAGAAUAAGUGGGAUGAUGAGGACCAGCCUAUGCCGGACAGCGGUGAGCUAGAACGCCGAGAAAGCGAAUUAAAGGAGAGAGCUCUACGCAACAAAGUUGUCAGGACCAGGAAAGGCGGCAGCGGAGGCAAUGUCAGUGGAGGCAAUUAG